CAGGCCGUGUCGCUCGUGGCUUAUCGUGUGUUAAUUAGUUGAAAUAUUUUACAUUUUUGUUAAACGCUUUACCAUGGCUUACAAUCUAGUGAACAUUGCUAAAUCUACCUCAUCCCUGACGGGAAAUCUUGCAAAAACCGCCCUGCGCAGCAUCAGCACCACGAACACCGUGUACGAACCACGCCGGUUGCCGGAUAAAACGGGCAAAAAUGUAGUUCUGGUCGAUGGUGUCCGUACGCCUUUCCUUACUUCCGGCUCGGACUACUCGAAACUGAUGCCUCACGAACUGGCCCGCCAUUCGCUGCUGAGCCUACUCCGUAAAACGAAGGUAGACAAGGAGGUCAUCGACUAUAUCGUGUACGGUACGGUUAUCCAGGAAGUGAAAACAUCCAACAUUGCGCGCGAAGCGGCACUCAGUGCAGGAUUCAGCAACAAAACUCCGGCACACACUGUAACGAUGGCGUGCAUCAGCUCCAACCAAGCGAUCACGACCGGCAUGGGACUGAUUGCGACCGGAACGUACGAUGCCAUCGUAGCCGGCGGUGUCGAAUUCAUGUCCGACGUCCCAAUCCGCCACAGUCGCAAGAUGCGCUCCUUGAUGCUGCGUGCCAACAAAGCAAAAACGGUAGGCCAACGUCUGCAACUGCUGUCCACCAUUCGUCCGGACUUUUUCGCUCCGGAACUGCCAGCCGUGGCAGAGUUUUCGUCGGGCGAAACGAUGGGCCAUUCGGCGGAUCGGUUGGCGGCGGCAUUUAAUGCUUCCCGCCAGGAGCAGGACGAUUAUGCGCUGCGUUCGCACACCCUUGCCAAGGAAGCGCAGGAUAAGGGCUACUUCACCGAUUUGGUACCGUUCAAGGUAUCGGGAGUGGCCAAAACGAUCGAGAAAGACAAUGGUAUUCGCGUGUCGACGAAAGAAUCGCUGGCCAAGUUGAAGCCGGCCUUCGUGAAGCCUUACGGCACGGUGACGGCUGCCAAUGCAUCCUUCCUUACCGACGGUGCGUCGGCCUGUCUGGUAAUGACCGAGGAGAAAGCCAAAGCACUUGGUUUGCGGCCGAAAGCGUACCUUCGCGACUUUUUGUACGUGUCGCAAGAUCCGAUCGACCAACUGUUGCUUGGUCCGGCGUAUGGUAUUCCGAAACUGCUGAAGAAAGCUGGUCUCACCCUAAAAGACAUUGACACGUGGGAAAUUCACGAAGCUUUUGCUGGACAAAUUAUCGCCAAUCUGAAGGCACUCGAUUCCGAUUAUUUCUGCAAGAACUAUCUGGGACUGAACGAAAAGUUCGGCUCCCCCGAUAUGUCCAAGUGGAACAACUGGGGAGGAUCGCUCUCGAUCGGACAUCCGUUCGCGGCCACCGGCGUUCGUUUGUGCAUGCAUACGGCAAACCGUCUGGUGCGCGAAAAUGGUCAACUCGGCCUUAUUGCGGCUUGUGCCGCCGGUGGACAGGGUGUAGCCAUGCUGCUCGAGCGACACCCGGACGCUAACGCCGAGUAAAGGGAAAAGACACAUUUGUCCCCAAAACAAACAAAUGGUCCCUUCUCUUUCCCACCAUCGUCAGCAUCUCCUCCAUCCCUUCAGCGUAUAGUUACAACAGGAGAUAUUCAAAGCAGACGCUCGAAAGACUGAGCGAUAACCCUGUAUCCGUUAUUAUAUUUUUUGUUGAGCUCUUUGUUUUCCUACCUUUAUUUCCCCCACCUCCCCCCUAGAUUAAGACGAUUCUAGAUCCUAAGAUUUAAACGUUAGAGAACGAAAUGACGCUUUCUUUUGUACGUACUAAGAUUUAAUUAUUACGCCACUUUUAUUACUCGAACCAAUGGGGGUCAACAAGCGAAUCGAGAUGGUGCCGCAAUCUUUCUCAUGUCGCUCAGCCGCACUGGUUCCCAUAUGGUCCAAAUGGAAAAUUUAGUGCAAGUGCUCGUGGCGUGGCAGGGAGUGGGUUGCAAACGUUCGUCAAGCUUUUCGUUCAUAGUGUGUACGCAAAUUAAGUUAAAAGCAACCACUACUAAAUAGGUGCACCGGGCUAGGGGAAGCAUAUUAUGCGUCUAAUUUCUUCCUGCUUAAUACGUGCGCGUUUGUUUCUGUAAGCUUUACCGUAUAGAACAAUCAUUCAUUAUUAUGUAUAGUAAAGGUCCAAAUACACGAAAUUUUGAUACACGAUAA